CUCGUGGUCAGUUUCGUCGCUUCUCUCUUCUUGUUCACAUGACCAGUUUGUUUGACCCCAUGACCACGACUCCGCACUCCAGUUCUCCAACUCUGGACAUGCUCGACGGGUCUUUGGAUCCAGAGAAAAAUUCACCAUUACAAGAUCCCAAAACCACCGAUCCAACACAAGUGCCGGAGCCAGAAACAGUGACAGUGACAGUAUCGACUGUUUCCGAAGAGCAAACGGCAGCUGCUCUUGUAGGACAACAAGCGAACGCUGCUUUCGGUGAUCCAGGCACCCUUCAGUUCCAAUACAGAACAGACGCUACUGGUGUACAAACUACGGGAUUUAACGGAGGGACACAGCCAAUUCGAGUCGUUCAGGUUCAAGCCGCCGAUCCUUCUGGCGAACGAGUAGAUGCCGCCACGGCUGCUUUCGCUCCCCAAGUACAAACUGUUAUCCAAAGCCCAUUUAGUAAUGGCUCUUCCCCUACUCAUACUGUGGAGGCUGAAGGUGCCGCAGAUGGGGCUAGAUUUACGUAUUUUCAGGCGGCUGACGGUGCCACAACAGCCACAGUGGUUCAAGCCGGUGCAAACGAUGCUUUAGAUGGAACAAGCGCUUACACAGUGCGAAACAUUCCCGUGUCGCUUACUCAACCAUCUUCGCCUUCCCAAAUACCAAUUACAAUGGCCGAAGCGCAGACUAUCACCACUGUCGGUACUGCUACAGGUGGUUUUUACGUGAUGAUGUCUCCACAAGAUGUUAUGCCAGGCGGAACCCAACGGAACAUAGCCCCGGCUAUGACUCACAAAAUAUCCACGAAGUUGGAUGCUCCGCGUACUGCCAGGGACGAAAAGAGGCGGGCGACGCAUAACGAAGUGGAACGUCGCCGUAGAGACAAAAUAAACUCAUGGAUCAACAAACUUGCUAAGGUUGUACCAGAAUGUUGCACUGAGCAAGCAAAAGCUGGCCAGGCUGGUGGAGCACAGAAUAUUAGUAAAGGGGGCAUUUUGUCAAAGACAGUGGACUAUAUCAAUGAGCUGAAAGGACACAAUGCACGAAUGGCAGAAGCUAUUAAAGAUGCAGAAAGGUUUACAAUAGACACAGAGCUCUUACGACAACAAGUUGAAGAACUUCGACAAGAGAAUGCCCUGCUAAGAGCACAGCUUCAGCAAAAUGGGACUGAACUAGCAACCACCGGGCAGGCUGUAUAGAAAAUGACUGUGAAACUCUGAGUUCAAUGGGAACCAGUAUUAUUUAUGGGAUUCAGUUUGGUUCAAGAAAAAAAGCUCAUCAGGUGACACAAAACUACACUGCGUAAAAGACAAUAAUUAGUUUUGGUUUUGGGGUUUGAGCAUAUUUCCAGAGCUAUAGUUUGAUUGGGCAAUGUUCAAUUAAUCCUUUAAACCCUAAGAGUGAUAAGCAUUUCUAAUUUCUCCCAACAGUCUUACCCCUGAUUAAAAAACAGGGGCAUGAGAGUAAAGGAAAUGAGGGCAAAUUUAAGAGGCUUUUUAUUGUUAGACAAAUUCUCCAUGUAAGUACCAUAGGAAGUGUCUAAAGAACAGUGUGGAGAAUUUGAUUCUGAUGUUAGGGUGUUAAGGGUUAAUGAAGAAUUAAUCCCAAUCUCCAUGGAGUUUGGCAGUAAAGGUGUGUACUUUUUUCAAUUUAGUGGUCAUCACCCUGUAUAUAAGCAAGUCAUUUGACAGCAAUCUCACAAUGCCCCUAUAAUAAGGAUUUAAAUUCCUUACUCAGUCACUACUAAAGAAAUAGUUUUAGGAGCAGUGCUUGUUUCAGAAAGAGCUAUCAUAAUUAUUUUGUCAGGUAUGCCAUGUUAUAUUUCACAUCAGUAGAAUUGUAUUGCAUGAAUUUGGUACAGAUUUGUCAGUUAGCAGGAGAAUGUCAGUCUCCAUACUGUAGAGUUGUUUUCUGUUUGUUCGUUUGUUUUCUAAUAUUUGGUUUAGGCUCAAUUGCCUUUGGAGGGUAAUUGGUUCCUUAUUGUGAAAUUGCAAAGACUAAAACAACUCAUUCUUAAGUCAUGACUAUUACCUUGUGAAAUAUCAGGUUUCCAAAAGUUUUACUUUGCCAAAAAUUUCAUGUAACACAAGGUACUUUGCAACAUACAUUGUUAUGAUAAGGGUAGGUUUGUUAUUAUUUAAUGUAAAUGUGUGCAGUUGUAGAAAGUCACGAUGUAUAAAGAGAGGUCUAUUCAUAAUUAAAAACUCGAGGAACUUGUGCUACAGGGGAAUAUAUUAAUGCAGUGCAUUGCUGUUAGAAAUAUGCUGUCACUUGAUUGUUAAAUUUUGAAUUGCAUUUUAGAAGUUCAAAUGCCCUCAGUCAGUGCCUUUUUUAGCAAAAUGGAAGUUGUCAUUGUGAGAUUUCAGCAACUAGAACUGUGCUGUUUAAGAUUGUAUGCAGAUCUCUGAAGCAAAAUUUUCUUAUUGUGUGUGACUGGUAACAGAAAAAAUGUUUGGCUUUCUAUCUCUGUGCCACACUGCCUGCAUUUUAAAAUACUCUGUCCAGUGUCACGACAACUGUGCCUCAAAGUCUAGAGGUUUGUCUUGGUUAUUUUCAGUUUAAGAAAAUUUGGCAUUGGUUUCUUUUUUGGUUUAAUAUUUCAGUGUGGUAUUUUUCUACCACACAUAUUUUGUGGCUACUUUAAACCACUUUGAACUAUAAUUUUUCAGGUCACAACAAAUAAAAAAAAACUUGAGUACCUUUUUGUUAAAGGUGAUGGUAAAAAGGAGUAAACUCUUGGAUUUUUAACCAAAUGGUUUUUGUCUUAACUCUUUAACUCCCAAGAUCUCACUGGUAAUUCUCCUUACUGUCUGCCAAAUGAUUCUCAUUAUACUAGUUUGGAGAAUUUGGUAUUGAAUCAAUUAGUAAUCCCAUAAUUGAUAUUUUUCUUUAUUCUCAUCACUUGUCUGUGUGAUAUUGUAUAGAUAUAAUAAGGAGAAAUUCUGUCUUGGUCAGUCACGGGAGUUAAAGGGUUAAUUUAAUCUCAAACCUCCUGAAUUUGUUUUGAGAGAAGCUCUGUAGACGAAUAAUAUCAUAUAGAUUUAGGAAGUAAACUGAAAGAGUAAACAUUGUACUGUGA